AGAGCGCUCUUCCGGGGACCAUAACCGGACGUGGCUUAGUAAGAUGGGUGUUUUCAGAGCAUGAUGGCCGCCGGCGGAAGCCCCGCCUCCCUUAGCAACGGCGCCCUAGCAACGGCGGCGGGAGAAGAUGGCCAUGCAGACGGAGUGGCUGGUGCCGCUGGCGCAGCCCCGGCAGAAGAAGCAGCGCUGCGAGCUCUGCCUCGGCCCCGCCACGGUCCGAUGCGCCGCCUGUCUGGUCACCUACUACUGCGAUGUGGACCACCAGAAUGCCGACUGGAUCAGCGUCCACGCCAAGAUCUGCCGGCUGCUCAUCCCGCUGCGGGCGGCUCCCCCCUUCUACACCUCGGAGAAAGAAAGGAAACUCGGGGAGGAGCAGAAGCGGAACCGAGAGAUCUUCCUGGCUGAAGUGACCUUUGAGACGGCCCAGAAUUUCCUGCUGGAAGGCCACCACGAAGAUGCCAUCCCGGCUGCUCUCCACUCCCUGAAGUUCAGUAUCAGCAUCUAUGGGCCCGACUCAGCGGAGCUGGUCCCCGCCUACCUGGCCUUAGCCGAGACCAGCUUGGGCCUGGGGCACCUCUCCCAGGGCGAAGAGUAUCUCUCCCAAGCCCAGUGGAUUGUCCUCAAGAACCCCCAGUGCAGCUACAACAUUCAGUCCAAGCUGCAUCGCAACCUCGGACUCCUGUAUGCCGCCAGAGGGAACUUCGACGACUCUUUGUACCACCUGGCCAACGACGUAUAUUUUGCAUGUUGUGCUUUUGGGACAACGAGCAACGUGGCCAUCUCCGGAGGCUAUUUCCACAUGGCCAACAUUUUCUCCCGCCAGAAUAAGAUGGACAUUGUGGAUUCCUUGUAUGCUGAGGUGGUCAAUCUCUGGCACGAUCACUUCAGCCACUUCGUUGGAAUCCAGUACCAAAAACUCAUCACUCCCGCUGAGGUGGACCUGCUCUCUGUAGAAGACGGGAAAGAGGAAGACGUAUUGGAUGAGAAGCAGCGGGCUGAAGCGACGGAGAUGCUGAACUCCAUCUUGCAUUUCCGAGAACAGUCUCUCAGGCCACAGCCAGAGAAGGAAGCCAAACUGCUGCACGCGUUGGCCAUGUUUCAUUUCUUGAUCCACGAUCUGGCAAAGGCGGACGAAUUUGUGAUGAGGUUUCUACAGACGGUCAAGGCUCUGCCCACCCACGACCCAGGCGAGUCGCUUUACCACUUGGUGAAACUGAUCAAAUCCAGAGAAGAGCAAAGGAAAUAGCUCCUCGCAGCCCCCUCGAGCCGAUCCUGCUUAGCAAUUAUCCUCCAGUAAUGUCAACAAGCGAGCUCGUUUGACAGACUCUUGUCUUCAAAACUAUCUUGAUUUCAGGUAGACCUCGACUUACGACCGUUAGCAGCCAAUGGGACAAAACCCACUUCACAACUGUCUCAUUUAGCAACGGAGCUCCCUCUUUUUUAUGAUUCUAUUCAUAGCAGGUCUCUUUCUUUCUCUCACUCUCGUUUUAGCACUUGUGAUGGGGGAAAAAAAGGCUGUUUAGGGCUCCCUUCAAACCGAAGUUGAGAAUUACUACAAAAUUUCAGGAUCAAGUGGAAAAAUCCUCAGAAGACAUCAAGCUGGAGGGCAAAAAAACCUGAUAUAACAGAGAAAACAAGAACCUGCCUCUAACCAUUUUUAUCUUCUUUCAGUCUAGUUUCUCAUAUUUUUUUUCCUCUGUGGUCAUUCUGUAACUGAGCUGCCGUCUUUUCCUGACUAAGGGGGGAAAUUCUGCAGCGUAAAAAAUGAACUUCUAUUCAUAUUGCAAGCAUGGGGUGGGAAUUAGACCUGACAGUCUAAUUUUAAUUUAACCACCGCAAUGUUUCGCUUCUAUAUCUUUCUGCUGAAAGUCAGAAGCUUUUUCACUCUCUUUUCCUUUCUUUCGGCUUGAAAAGAGAGAUGAAACUGCAGCGCAGUGCAGGAGCCCAACUGACCGUAUUCUACUCAAUAAUUACAUUUCUUCCUAACUUCCCUGUCUGACCUCAUGGGUCUUCCCCCCCCCCCCCAAUUAAAAGGCAGGUGAACAACAUCAAAGAGGAAGCGAGGCUCGGUCCCUGCAGCAAGGCACGUUCUUAACAUUCUGCUGAAAAAGGAGAGGAAGUGACUCAUUAACCUUGAUAAUACCAAUCAGUGAAUUUGCUAGAUUGUGAAAGUAACACCUUCCACACCUCUGGAGAUGCCAGCAAGGCUGAACCAAAGGAUAAAUCUAUUUCAGCCAGAAAAUCCUCUCAGGCGGUGUCUUGGAAAAAGGGAGGGAAGAACAGGCAUGUCUCAGAGAAAGGUUCCACUGGUCUGCUCAACUGUACAGGGAGUCCUCGACUUUCAACCGUUUGUUUAGCGACCGUUCAAAGUUACAAUAGUAGUGAAAGAAAAGUGACUUUUGACUGGUCCUUGCACUUUGGCUGCUGCAGCCUCCUUGCCCGCAAUCAGAAUUUGGGUGCUUGGCAAUUAGCAUGCAUUUACAGCAGUAACUUCAAACGGUCACUAAACAAACUUUUGCAAGUCAAGGACUGUCUCUAGUUUCCUCCCCCCCCCCCGCUUCUUGCCCAGGUGGGAACCACAAUGUUGGAAGAAUGUCAACAAAGAAAUUCAGGCCCCAACAAGUCUCCUGGUCAUGAGGACUCAGCUUCGAGAAAAAAGCGGUUGGGAUCGUGCAACCGAUGUGUCACUUGCUGCAAUUCAGCACCGACAAGUCUGGGGUUGUGUCUGUGUGUGUGAGCAUCACAUGCCCGGAAAAAGAUAAAGCUGGUAGGGAUUAAAAAAUAUAUAUAUGAAAUUUCCUUUUAGGGAAGUAGAUUUUUGUGACAGGCAAAGCUGUCAUGUCCUGAGGGGGAAAAAAUAGACUUUGCAGGAAAUUUGACUGCGUGCAACAAAUCCCUUCGGCAUUUGAUUCUGAAAUUCCCGUUAAAGGAGAGGAGAAUUUGGGCAAAUUCUCACGUAUCGUGAGGGCUGUU